UCAGCCGGCAUGACUGCUCCAGCUGUUUCCUGUCCUCGUUCCCUUCACUGAAUAGUUUGAUGGGGCGCCGGGCGGAUGACAGCGGGAACAGUUGUGAUCACUGGCGGAAUCCUAGCUACAGUGAUCCUCCUCUGUAUCAUUGCUGUCCUGUGCUACUGUAGGCUCCAGUACUAUUGCUGCAAAAACAGCACAGAUGCCGAGGAUGCAGAGGAGGAGGAGGAAGAGGAGGAGCACGACCUCUCCAUCCAUCCCCGAGCCCCCACCUGCAAUGCCUGCAGCUCCCAAGUCCUGGACGGCAGAGGCAGCCUGGCACCUCUCACCAGCGAGUCCUGCAGCCAGCCAUGUGGGGUGGCCGGCCACUGUACCACUUGCUCCCCGUACCGCACCCCCUUUUACAUACGGACAGCUGACAUGGUGCCCAAUGGGGGUGGAGGCGAGAGGCUCUCCUUUGCUCCUACACACUACAAAGAGGGGGGAACCCCAUCCCUCAAACUGGCAGCACCCCAGAGUUACCCGGUGACCUGGCCAAGUUCUGGGCAUGAGGCCUUCACUAAUCCAAGGGCUAUUAGUACAGAUGUAUAAUCCUUUCACCCUGAUCUAACACACCCAACACCGCUGUCCCAGCAGGAGCAAUGGAGUAAUGGAGGGGACACUCCAAUAGCCCCCCUCCAUCCCCAGGAACCAUCUCAGUUUCUCUGGCUUCCAUAGCAGAGGGUUCACUAGGAUGGGAACUAUUGAAUGCAUGAGGACCAGGGCAGGACCCAUCUCCAGCCCUGUGGCCUGGAGGUGGAGCCUGGAAAGUCUACAAUGUCGCCGGUUUCUCCAUGCCACGCCCCUUCCAGCAAGCCCAAACCCUUUGCUUUGCUGGGCUCUGUAAAAGAGAACCAGGGAAAGCUAGGCAAAGGCUGGUGAGGCUUCCAGGGACCUUGUGAAAUCAAGUGGGCGUGCCUAGAGGAAGUGGACCAAAAGGGAAUGGUGAGAACUAGACAUUCUGGAAUUUGAGAGGAGACAGAAAAACGUGUUAAAGGAUCCCCUCACAGUUUGCUUGCUGGAAUGCAUCCAUGAGCUAACUUACACUCUAUUUUUUACUCAGUUUGCCUUCUCCAAUAUGUAUAUUGAGUUCUGGAAACACCACAUCUGCUACCUAGCCCCUCCUCGUGAAACACAUCAAAUUGACGCUGAGUGCCACAGCACACAGCUGAUUAUGGGGACUAGAGCAAGAAGAGUCUAUAUAACCUUGUUUCCCCUUCAAGUCCUUUCUUAUGUCUCCUGCUAGAGAACCUUUUCCGGGUUUUAAUCACUAGAGUUCUAGAAGCCUAGUACUGAUUAUCCCUGUUCCUCCAUGCUUAGCCACAGGUGUAGAUUCGGCCCUGUGAGUGUGUGGGUUGAUGCCCAUU